UACAGUAGCGACACCAACCACAUCUACACUUCUUUCCAUCAUUAAUUACUAUUCAUUUACUUUCUUUUUCCUCUUUAUUUCUUCUCCAUCGCCACCUUUUCAGCUCUGCUCCAUUCAACCCAUUACCUCUUUCACUGUUUCCCUCCUUUUCCCAAAGCUUGAGUUAAUCACUAGUUUUUUUUUUCACUUUGGGGGUUUUAAGACUUCGUUUUCUUUAGCUUCAAACUCAAACCAAAAUAGGAAGGAAAGCAGUUUUGGUGUGGACACUAUCGCUUUGUUUUUUGUUUUUGUUUUUGUUUUAUAUUCGUCCAAACUCAGCUUCUUCAUUAUCUAUCUUCUUUGUCCUUUUUCUACCUUCACCAUUUUUAAACACUUCCUUCUUCUUCUCUGUCUUUUUCCCUCCUGUUAUAAUACCAUUACCAUGGAAGUUUAGCAUUUCUUUGAGUUGAAGGGGGAAAGAAAAUGGUGUUAAAGGUCUUGGUUUUUCUGGUUUUGGUUUUGGUUUCAGCUGUUGUUGUGGAGUCGCAACAGCCAACUUUCAACGACGACGUUCUGGGGUUAAUCUUCUUCAAAGCAGGGCUCAAGGACCCAACUGCAAAGCUCCAGUCUUGGAGUGCAGAUGACAAUGAUCCCUGCAACUGGAUGGGCGUUAAAUGUGACCCGACUACUUACCGGGUCACGGAGCUCCAUCUCGAUGGCUUAUCUCUUUCUGGUCAUGUUGGUCGUGGCUUAUUACGGCUACCGUUCCUUCAAGUUCUGUCACUUUCCAAAAACAACCUUACGGGGACCAUAAACUCCGAGCUUUCUCGCAUUGGGAGCUUGCGGGUUAUUGAUUUAAGUGGAAACAGCUUGUCGGGAUCGAUCCCUGAUGAUUUUUUCACACAAUGUGGGUCUCUAAGGUCGAUCUCUUUUGCGAGGAACAAUCUUACAGGGGAACUUCCUGCUUCUUUGAGCUCAUGUUCGACGCUUGUGGCGGUUAACUUCUCGUCUAAUCAAAUUUCAGGGCAGUUGCCAUCUGAGAUUUGGUAUUUGAGGAGCCUUCAAUCGCUUGAUAUGUCUGGUAAUUUGUUGGAAGGAGAGAUUCCUGAAGGGAUCGGGAAUUUGUAUGAUUUGAGACAGAUAAAUUUAGGAAACAACAGAUUCUCUGGGAGGCUACCGGGGGAUAUUGGGAGCUGUUCACAUUUGAAAUCGGUUGAUUUCAGUGAUAAUUAUUUGUAUGGUAGCCUUCCUGAUUCAAUAAGGAAGCUUGGUUCAUGUAGUUCAAUCAGUUUAGGAGGAAACUCUUUGAGGGGACAAGUUCCAGAUUGGAUUGGAGAAUUGACAAGCCUUGAAAGUUUGGAUCUUUCUGCAAAUAAUUUCUCUGGUAAAGUUCCAUCUUCUCUGGGAAAUCUGCAGUUACUGAGAGAAUUGAAUCUGUCAAUGAACCAGUUUACUGGUGCAUUGCCUGAAUCGAUGGCUAAUUGUUAUAACCUAUUGGCUAUAGAUGUCAGCCAGAAUUUGUUAACCGGCAAUGUUCCAUCAUGGAUGUUUAAGAUGGGAGUGCAGGGUGCACUGAUUUCUGGGAAUAAACUUAUGGGAAACGUAAAAAGUCCUUCAUUGGCUUCAACGGUGCCAUCCUAUCAAGGCCUUCGGAUGUUGGAUCUUUCUUCAAAUGCUUUAUCUGGUGAAAUCCCAUCAAACCUUGGGGUUCUUAGCAGCUUGCUCUUCUUUAAUAUGUCCAGGAACCAUCUCUUUGGUUCCAUUCCAGCCAGUAUAGGUGAAUUGAAGGCAACACAAGUUAUUGAUUUAAGCCACAAUCUGCUGAAUGGAAGCAUUCCUUCUGAGAUUGGGGGAGCAGUCUCACUCAAGGAACUCAGGUUGCAGAGGAACUUUCUUUCUGGGAAAAUUCCAACUCAGAUAGUCAAGUGUUCAUCAUUAACAGUUUUAAUUCUGUCCCGGAACAACUUAUCUGGCUCGAUCCCUACUGCCAUUUCGAACUUGAGCAACCUCCAGUAUGUGGAUUUAUCAUUGAAUGACUUUACCGGAAGCUUACCGAAAGAGCUAGCAAAUCUUUCUCAACUCAUGUUCUUUAAUAUCUCUCACAACCACCUUCAUGGUGAACUUCCACUUGGGGGCUUCUUCAACACCAUUCCUACUUCAUCCGUCUUGGGAAAUCCAUCAUUGUGUGGUUCGGUUGUCAACCGCUCUUGCCCUGCUGUCCAUCCCAAGCCCAUUGUCCUCAACCCUAACUCAUCAGACUCCAUCGGUGGCUCCUCUCCUAAUCACCAUCGCAAGAAAAUUGUGCUUAGCAUCUCUGCCCUCAUUGCCAUUGGUGCAGCGGCAUUCAUUGUCAUUGGUGUAGUAGCUAUCACUGUCCUCAAUAUCCAUGUCCGUUCUUCUAUGUCUCGUGCUCCUGCAGCUCUCACCUUAUCUGGAGGGGAAGAUUUUAGUUGUUCUCCCAACAAUGAUCCAAACUAUGGCAAGCUUGUAAUGUUUUCAGGGGAUGCCGACUUCGUUGCUGGUGCCCAUGCUUUGCUUAACAAGGAUUGUGAGAUUGGUCGUGGAGGGUUUGGAGUUGUUUAUCGAACAAUCCUUCGUGAUGGGCGUUCAGUGGCCAUUAAGAAGCUGACUGUUUCAAGUUUGAUCAAGUCUCAAGACGAAUUCGAAAGGGAAGUUAAAAGACUUGGAAAGAUUAGGCACCAUAAUCUUGUAGCUCUUGAAGGAUAUUACUGGACUUCUUCUUUGCAGCUCCUCAUUUAUGAAUUUGUUUCGAAUGACAGCUUGUAUAAGCACCUCCAUGAGCCUGACAGAAGUUGCCCCUCUUGGCGACAACGAUUCAACAUAAUUCUCGGUAUGGCCAAGGGUCUAGCCUAUUUGCACCGUAUGAAUGUCAUUCACUACAAUCUUAAAUCAACCAAUGUUCUUAUAGAUUGCUCCGGGGAGCCCAAGGUCGGAGAUUUUGGCCUUGCAAGGCUACUGCCGACAUUAGACCGCUGCGUUUUAAGCAGCAAAAUCCAAAGUGCACUUGGUUACAUGGCUCCUGAAUUCGCUUGUAAGACGGUAAAAAUAACCGAGAAAUCCGAUGUGUAUGGCUUUGGGGUUUUGGUCUUGGAGGUGAUUACAGGGAAGAAGCCAGUGGAAUACAUGGAGGAUGAUGUGGUGGUGCUGUGUGAAAUGGUAAGGGGAGCACUCGAGGAUGGUAAGGUGGAAGAAUGUGUCGAUCGGAGGCUUCGUAGUAACUUCCCGACAGAAGAGGCAAUUCCAGUUAUAAAGCUUGGUCUAAUAUGUGCAUCUCAAGUGCCAUCAAAUAGACCAGACAUGGAAGAAGUAGUGAACAUAUUAGAGCUAAUCCAAUGCCCUUCGGAAGGCCAGGAAGAGCUGGAGUAAGUUAUUCGGGUCCGAGAAAAGAACGAAACAGAGCGGUGUUUCCCGGUGAAGAUGAAUCCAGUUUGUUCAACAGAAGAAGAAAAGAAAAGAGUUCAGUCUACCACCCCAGUUUCCCUCAAUUCUUUGUUCUUUUAAUGUUGUAUUUUUGUUUGUGCCUUAUUUUCCCUGUUCCUUAAUUCAGUAUUUUGUUACAAAGAGUUUCGCUUACUGGAUUCUUUAUCACCGGCUGCA